AGAAGCCCACUCGCUCUCUUACAUCAAUCUAUACCAUCCAAAGUGCUGCAUCAACCUUGGAAACUUAUCUUGCCAAUAGCAAACCAAACUUCAUCCAUUCAGGAAAGAAGAAAGACAACAAAGCAUCCACUCCUUUUCCCGCUUCCAGUUUCCAGUUUCUAGCCUCCAGUCUCUAGUCUCUAGUCUCUAGAUCCCAUCCACUCCGAAGAGCGGUCUCCAUCUCCUCCAAGACCCCUAUUACUUAUUGAUAAGAAACUAUUUACGAUAACCUCUGAUGACAUUCAAAGAGCAGCAGGAGCUUCGAUAAAUAAAUAAACAUUUCUCAACAAAAUCAACUUGAAACAUAUCAAACAUCUGACCGCACUUGUUUUCUCGUGCCAAUCUAUCCUGUUUGUCCUGUCUGUCUUGUGAACCCUGACCCCGCCCGCGCGUUUGAUCAGCUCAGCCAUCAUAUCAUAUCACAUCACAUCACCAUUAGGUUAUCAAUCUCAUUCCUCAUUCCUCAUCAUGUCAACUUCGCAACAUCCUCAUCAACAUUCACGAUCCUCCCAUACAUCACAAAAUCAACAAAAUAAAAACAAUAUGAAAAGAUCAAAUGGUGUAUCAGAUCGAUUGCGCAAUGAAGGUAUUUCUAUUCUUAUUAACUCCAACUUCCCCAUUUCCCCAUACCCUCCACAUAUCUAAUCUAAUCUCAUAUCUAAUCGCGCAAAACAGCAGAAUCAUGGGUAGAAAUAUCCUCUCAACCAUCUUCAUCCUCAAUUUCUUCCAUCGAUAAUGAAAUCGUAACCACUGGUCUUCGAGUCUCUGAACAUCCUUCAAUUCGACGGCGCAGACGAUCUCAAAAUCAAUCACGGCCUCAAAUUAAUACAAACAUCAACAGACAAAGAAGUUCAAGUAGUCAAGAGGAAUACGAAGAAUCGGAAUCGGAACCAGAUCACAUAGAUAUUAUAACCAGCUCAAAUGAGAUAUCUCCACCAGUUGCCAUUCCAGCAAGAUUAUCGACUCGAGAAACAUAUGAUGCAGAAUCCGAAGAUGAUGAUGAUGAGAAUGGUACAGCUUUAGGAAUAGGAAGAGGGACAACAUUACCAUUUACACCUCAACCAAAUGCUUUCUCUCACCCUCCAUCAUCACAAUCUCAAAGUCAUCGAACUCCAGCUCCUACACAAGGCUCAUACUUCCCAAGACAAGUUCAUUCACAACCUCGACCACAAUCAUAUCCAUCUCGUAACCACACAACUUCACGAAAUACCUCAUUUAAUAGUUAUGCUCGACCACCUGUAGAUCAUGAUGCUGCUCUUCGGGCUAGUCUUACAACUUUACUAUCUUGUGCAGCUGCAGCAAGAGGUCUUCCAAAAUCUCCUGGUCAAACCGCCACAAGUAAUGAACCAAUGGGUCUUCGAAUAGUUCCUGAAUCAGAACUCCUUGGUACAUCACCUCAUCCUACAGCUAAUAUAUCACGACCUCUAUCAUCAAAUCGCUCAAAAAGUAAAUCAUCACAAGAUUCUCAAGAUGAAGUUAAACGUAAAGCCAGUCAAACCAAACAAAAUACUCGAGCUCUAAAAAAGAAAAAGAAUGAACUUAUGCAAGGGGAAGAAGCUUUUAUUUCACCUACUCUUCUAACAUGGGUAAUGAGCGCAGGAGUAGUAGUACUUGUUUCAGUAGUUGGAUUUGGAGCAGGAUAUGUCAUUGGAAGGGAAGUAGGAAGACAAGAAGCUUCAGUUCUUGGAGGAUGGAAUGGUUCGAUGAGUGAUGGAAGUUGUGGGAGAGAAGUUGUUAGGAGUGGAAGUGGUGGGUUGAGAAGAUUUAAAUGGGGUGGUAGUGUUGCUAGGAGUAUUGUUGCUUGAUUGAGUGUGGAGUUUGUAUUGGAUUGAUAAAGAUGGGUUAUUUUGAUGAGAUAUCAGGAGCGUGGUUUGGUUUCAGCUGGUCUGGUUGGUCAGCAAGUAUGAUUGAUAUCUUGAGGGACAAUUUUUGAACCUCUUAUUUUUCUGGCGUUGGUUGGCAUUGGAUCACAUACAUAUUCACAUUUACAUUACCUUCUUCUGGAGUUCUGUUUUGGGAUAAGUAAAUUUGUUUAAUCUAUGCAUAUUUAGUUGAAGGGAUUUUGUAGGUAUAAUAUGAUAUGCGAGAUAUGAAGGAAGCGGAUUUUAAGAAGAUAAGAUUGAAAUCUGAGGUAGGAUGGAUGAAUGUAUUGGGAUAAAUAAAUCAAUCGAAUGAGAGAGGAUAUUUAAUG